AUGGGAAUUUGCAAAAGUAAAUCACGAUCAAAAGAGGUUAAAUUAUCUACAAUAAGAAAAUUUUCUAAAUUGAACAUACAUUAGUUUUAUAGAUUUACCUAAAUAUUAGGUAGUGGAUCUUUUGGAACAGUAAAACUCGCUUUCAGUUUGGAAUAAGAAAGAAAUGGUCUUAAAUCAAAAUGUUAUGCAGUUAAAUCAAUAGAUAAAGUAAAGUGAAAAAUAAGUAUAGCAUCGAAUUGGUUAAAGAUUACAUUUGAUUUAAAGAGAAUUAGAAAUUCUUAUUCAAUUAGAUCAUCCAAAUAUAAUCAGAGUAUAUGAAACAUAUGAAGAUAUGAGAUACUAUCAUUUUGUGAUGGAAUAUUGUAGAGGAGGAGAAUUAUUUGAAAGAAUAGUUAGAAAAGGAGUAUUUUCAGAAAGGAAAUGUUGUAUAUUAAUGAAGUAGCUAUUUUCAGCUGUUCAUUAUAUGCAUGAAUAAGGAGUUACUCAUAGAGAUCUAAAACCUGAAAAUUUAAUGUUAGCAUCUCCUGAUGAUGAUUUUGACAUUAGAAUCAUUGAUUUUGGUUUAAGUAAGAAAUACCCACCACCUUAAUCUACAAAUGAAGGAAGAUCUUAGGUUAGAACUUAAACUAAAGUUGGAACUCCUAUUUAUGUUGCACCUGAAGUUUUAUAAGGUAAAUAUUCUUAAACAUGUGAUGAAUGGUCAUUAGGAUGCAUUAUGUACGUACUAUUAUGUGGUCAACCACCUUUCUUUAGUAAUAAUAUAAGAGUUUUAGAAGAAAAAAUUUAAAACAAAGAUAUUCAAUUCGAUGAGAAUUCUUGGUAAUAUAUCUCAAGAGAAGCAAAAAUGCUUGUUAUCAGAUUGCUAGAUAAAAAUCCGAAAAAACGCAUAACAUGUGCGUAAGCCUUAUCUAGUCCAUGGAUUUAAAAUUAUGCUUUUGCACCUCCAAGCAGAGUUGAAUCAAUCCCCAAUAAUGAAUAAGAAAAUGAAAAAGCCAUUUAAUUACUCAAAACCUAUGGAAAUAUAUCAAAGUUAAAGAAAGAAACUCUUAAUAUAUUAUUAAAUUAACUAAAUUAAAGUUAAGUUCAAUCUCUUAGAUAAUAAUUUGAAGAAUUUGAUAAAGAUAAUAGUGGUACAAUCUCUGUUAAAGAAAUGACUUUAAUUAUAAAAAAAUUAGGAUUAAAUGAUACUGAAAAAGAAAUAUAAGAAUUAAUUAAAAAAUUUAAAUUUUCCAAAAAAAAUGAUAAUACCUACUAUGGAGAUUAAACAAUUCAUUAUUCUGAGUUUAUGAUUGCCUUAUUAAACUAAUAGUAAUAUUUAAACGAAGAGAGAUUAUGGGGUUUAUUUAAAUAAUUUGAUAUAGAUAACAAAAACUAUAUCACAAGUCUUGAUGUUAGAAGAGCUUUUGAAAGAAGAGGCAAAUAAUUAUCCACAGUUAAGGUAGAUACAAUGUUUAAUGAAAUAAGUAUGAAUAGCUAAGACAAAAUUGACUUUUAAAGAUUUCAUGAGAUGAUGUUANGGAAAUGUUGUAUAUUAAUGAAGUAGCUAUUUUCAGCUGUUCAUUAUAUGCAUGAAUAAGGAGUUACUCAUAGAGAUCUAAAACCUGAAAAUUUAAUGUUAGCAUCUCCUGAUGAUGAUUUUGACAUUAGAAUCAUUGAUUUUGGUUUAAGUAAGAAAUACCCACCACCUUAAUCUACAAAUGAAGGAAGAUCUUAGGUUAGAACUUAAACUAAAGUUGGAACUCCUAUUUAUGUUGCACCUGAAGUUUUAUAAGGUAAAUAUUCUUAAACAUGUGAUGAAUGGUCAUUAGGAUGCAUUAUGUACGUACUAUUAUGUGGUCAACCACCUUUCUUUAGUAAUAAUAUAAGAGUUUUAGAAGAAAAAAUUUAAAACAAAGAUAUUCAAUUCGAUGAGAAUUCUUGGUAAUAUAUCUCAAGAGAAGCAAAAAUGCUUGUUAUCAGAUUGCUAGAUAAAAAUCCGAAAAAACGCAUAACAUGUGCGUAAGCCUUAUCUAGUCCAUGGAUUUAAAAUUAUGCUUUUGCACCUCCAAGCAGAGUUGAAUCAAUCCCCAAUAAUGAAUAAGAAAAUGAAAAAGCCAUUUAAUUACUCAAAACCUAUGGAAAUAUAUCAAAGUUAAAGAAAGAAACUCUUAAUAUAUUAUUAAAUUAACUAAAUUAAAGUUAAGUUCAAUCUCUUAGAUAAUAAUUUGAAGAAUUUGAUAAAGAUAAUAGUGGUACAAUCUCUGUUAAAGAAAUGACUUUAAUUAUAAAAAAAUUAGGAUUAAAUGAUACUGAAAAAGAAAUAUAAGAAUUAAUUAAAAAAUUUAAAUUUUCCAAAAAAAAUGAUAAUACCUACUAUGGAGAUUAAACAAUUCAUUAUUCUGAGUUUAUGAUUGCCUUAUUAAACUAAUAGUAAUAUUUAAACGAAGAGAGAUUAUGGGGUUUAUUUAAAUAAUUUGAUAUAGAUAACAAAAACUAUAUCACAAGUCUUGAUGUUAGAAGAGCUUUUGAAAGAAGAGGCAAAUAAUUAUCCACAGUUAAGGUAGAUACAAUGUUUAAUGAAAUAAGUAUGAAUAGCUAAGACAAAAUUGACUUUUAAAGAUUUCAUGAGAUGAUGUUAGCGGAUUCUCUUAAAACUCAAGAUGAAGAUAUUCAAAUUCAAAAUAUCAGUAAAGUUUCUACCAAUAAUCCGCAAAAUUUGGCUUAUCUAAAUUAUUUAAACUAACCUAAUGGAGACUUCAAUAUUGAUAUUUGA